AUGUCAUUCGACCCAACUAACCCCAACCCCACCAUGGGCGAUACUUUCAAGCCGUCGCCAUCCACAGCAGUCCCUUUACACGGAAUCGCAAUCUCAAGAUCUAGAGAUACCCCUGUGAAAAAGAAGAAUUCCCCAAAACGAGACAUGGAUGACGAUGUCAUCAUGGCAAGCAGCGAGAGUUCCGAAAGCGACACUCUUGGCAAUGCGUCAAAUAAUAACGAUACAGGCACAACUCGAAAAGCAGACGAAGUAAUGUAUGAGGACCUGGACAAUGGGACGAUAUUUUCAGUUUUUCCUCUCGACAGUUCCGAAGAUGGUGAUGACAAUGACAACGACGAUGAAGACAGCCCUGAAAAGGGCCACAAUAACAACGAAUACUCCAGCAUCGACAAAUCCAAAGUGUUGAAGAAUGGUGACAAUCUCACAGAUUGGUACAACAAUAUCAAAAUUAGAACCCAGUCACUCAGACUUGUCAAACGUCACAUAUUCUACAGCAAGGCUUUGGAAUUUGAGCGUGAGAACACAUACAUAAGUCUUGGACAGCUGGAUUCGCGCGACGAGGACUUUCUGCGAAUCGUACCGGUAUUCGAGAUUAACAUGAUUCCGGACGCAGCAAAUCCCACCAAUGUUACCAAAAUGCGACAACGCCUUCGAGCAUAUGGCAGUCGCUGGAAAGGACACUGGAAAGUUUGGUGUGGCCCGAAGCUGGAAUUGUCGCAAAAUAGCAUGUGCUAG